UUGGCCAAUUGGGGACGAAGUUAAUUUCUGUUUUCUGAAAUUGAAGGCAGCUGGAUUUUCUUGAAACAGGAGGAUAGAGAUAACAAUAUAAAGAAUGGUAGCAGGAGUUUUACAUUGUUGUUGUUAGUGGAAUUUCGAAUUUCUUCUAUGUUUCUUGUAAAUUUGUCUUUGAAUCUGCUUUACACUUCUUGCAAUUGAUGAACCAAGUGUACACAUUGUGAUCUGACAAGAAGCAUUAGCAUUCUUGACUCCUGGAAAAGAAAACAGAAUUUCACACAUCUUUCUUCGAGAGUAUAGAGCUGCUGGUUAGCUGCAUACCACAUUUCACAAUCUGGGUUGAACUUCAAUAGUUGAUUCAAAUUGAAUGGUAAGAAUCUUGGCUGAGCUUUGAUUUCCAUUACUGAGAGAAAAUUUCUAGGCUAGGACAGAGCUGGUUGUCCAUUGAUCAAUUUGGAGAAAUCAGAGGCAGAGAUCUGUGGAAUUUUGAACUUGUGAAGAAAUUGAUCUCAUCUGGGAUUCUGGGGAUUUGGUGACUAAAACAAGUAUUAAAUGAGUUGUGGACAUCCUAAGUCAGAUACAAAAUUUUCAAGAAGUAUAAUCAACCUGCAAGAUCAUUAUCCUAGCAACAUUAUGGAUGGGAGAGCAAGAAAGAUGAAUGUCACAACCCCAACUCCUCCCCCUCCCCUAAGAGUAGAGAAAAAGAAAAUGGAGUAUCAAAGAUCUAUGUCACAAGGCAGUGGGAGAAGGUUGUUUCCUGCAAGCUAUUUCAGCUUGGAAUCACUGCUGCUGUUAAUAUGUCUCACAGCAUCUCUGUUGAUCCUUCCUCUGAUACUUCCACCAUUACCUCCACCACCUUUCUUAUUGCUUCUGCUUCCUAUAGGCAUCUUAGCAGUGCUAAUGAUCUUGGCAUUCAUGCCUACCAAUGCAAGGGAUAUUACCUAUACAUACGUGUAAAUGGUGUUUCAAAAGAAAUGCACCUCUUUUUCUCCCUUAGAAAUUUUGUAUUUUCUCCCCCUAAAUGUUGAAAAGAAAACAAGAUAACAUUUCUUUUAUUUCUUAA